CGCCACCGUCGGGCUUAUGGCGGCGAGCGGACAAGACCUGACACUUGUGUAGCGGCCCUGUUUCGUCGAAUUUCAGCAUCGUUUUGAACUGGUGCUGUAGUCAAUCAAAACACGAUGGUGGCCAUCUGGAGGCUGCCGUUGAACGCAGCCAUCGCCCAGAAAAAGGGUGCCUCUGCCCUUGCCAGCAGGGCAAUCAGCGUGUCUGUUAGGAGACUCGACAAGCCAGCUGCCGCCGCAAAAGAUGCCGCCAAGCAAUCGGCCACGGUGCCAGGUAUCCCGUACUCGAAACUCACCAUAGGUGUUCCAAAGGAAAUCUGGCCCAAGGAGCGAAGAGUGGCACUGACUCCAACCGUUACCGCUGCCCUGAUCAAACAAGGUUUUCAAGUGCAGUGUGAGGCUGGAGCGGGCAAUGAGGCCAAGUUCCGUGAUGACGAUUUUGCUGCAGCCGGUGCAAAAAUAGUGGAUCGAAACAAGGUCUUCAAUUCAGACUUGCUGCUGAAAGUACGUCAACCUUUGAAAGAAGAGAUCUCCUUUCUUCGUCCUGGCACCACUUUGAUAUCCUUUGUUUAUCCUGGUCAAAACCAAGAUCUUGUGAAACAACUGGCUGAGAAAAAGAUAACGCUUUUUGCCAUGGAUUGCAUUCCUCGCAUCUCGAGGGCGCAGGUAUUUGAUGCCCUCAGCUCCAUGGCCAACAUUGCUGGUUACAGAGCUGUGAUUGAAGCUGCAAACAACUUUGGUCGCUUCUUUACCGGCCAGAUCACUGCAGCUGGAAAGGUUCCUCCGGCCAAGAUUCUUGUUAUUGGUGGUGGCGUUGCUGGUCUCGCUGCCAUUGGCCAAGCCAAGUGUAUGGGCGCCAUCGUUCGAGCUUUUGACACCAGAGCUGCUGUGAAAGAACAGGUUGAGUCAAUGGGAGCCGAGUUCCUAACUAUAAAUCUGAAGGAAUCCGGAGAUGGAGCUGGAGGUUAUGCUAAGGAGAUGUCUCCAGAGUUCAUUGCCGCUGAACACGCUUUGUUUGCCAAGCAGGCAGCUGAUGUUGAUGUGAUCAUUACAACUGCUCUCAUCCCGGGGAAAAAGGCUCCUCUGCUUAUUCUGAAAGAACACAUUGAGAAAAUGAGACCUGGCAGCGUCGUUGUGGAUUUGGCUUCAGAAGCCGGUGGCAACAUUGAAACAACCAAGCCUGGCGAGCUUUACUCCUACAAAGACGUGGUGCACAUUGGUUACACCGACUUUCCGAGCAGGUUGCCAACUCAGAGUUCCACUCUGUACGCCAAUAACAUCUCAAAAUUCCUUCUCUCCAUGGGUGGAAAGGGCUCCUUUAAUAUUGACCUAGAAGAUGAGGUUGUGAGGGGAAGCAUCAUCUUGAAGGAUGGCACUGUAAUGUGGCCUCCUCCGCCACCUCCUCCGCCAACACCUCAACAGAUCGCUGCUGCAGCAGCACCUGCCAAGGCUGCAAUCGCCGCACCGGAGCCUCCGAAUCCAUUCACUGUCACUCUCAAAGACUCCCUUGCUUACACAACAGGCCUUGGAAGUUUGCUUGGUUUGGGAGCUAUUUCACCAAACGCUUCUUUCACGGCAAUGACCAGCACUUUUGCCCUGGCUGGUCUUUGUGGUUACCACACUGUUUGGGGAGUCACACCUGCUCUCCACUCUCCACUCAUGUCUGUUACAAACGCAAUUUCCGGCACCACUGCUGUUGGUGGUUUACUUUUGAUGGGAGGAGGACUUUACCCACAAACACCUGUCCAUGUUCUCUCAGCGGCAGCAGCUUUCAUUAGCUGCAUUAACAUCUCGGGUGGAUUCCUGGUCACCAAGCGUAUGUUAGACAUGUUCAAGAGGCCCGACGACCCUCCCGAGUAUAACUACCUGUAUGGAAUUCCAGCUGCAUUGUUCAUUGGAGGCUACGGCUUUGGAGCAAUGUCUGGGAUUACUGAAAUGCAUCAAAUGGCUUACCUGGGUUCUUCGUUAUGCUGUGUAGGUGCAUUGGCAGGACUGAGCUCUCAAAAAACAUCUCGUCUUGGAAACUCCCUCGGAAUGAUUGGUGUUUCCGGAGGAAUCGCCGCAACUCUUGGCCAACUGGCACCUUCCAACGAUGUUCUUGCUCAAAUGGCAGCCGUCUCUGGCGUUGGUGGCCUUCUUGGUGCCGUCAUUGCCAAGAGGAUUGAAAUUACAGACUUGCCCCAACUGGUCGCUGCCUUUCACUCUCUUGUGGGCGCUGCUGCUGUUCUCACCUGCUUUGCCACAUACAUCCAUGAUUUUCCUACCUUUGCUGAGGAUGCCGCUGCCAAUGUCACAAAAACUGCCCUUUUCCUUGGUACUUACAUCGGUGGAGUCACUUUCAGUGGCUCUCUGGUUGCUUAUGGCAAGCUGCAAGGUAUUCUCUCAUCCAACCCUUUGCUCCUGCCCGGCCGUCACGCCAUGAACCUUGGUCUUUUGGCUGCUAAUGGUGGUGCCUUGGCCUACUAUUUCAUGACCCCCACCUUGGCCGGUGGUCUCUCAAUGCUGGGAGCCACUGCUGGUCUCUCUGCCACCAUGGGAGUGACUCUUACAGCAGCUAUCGGUGGAGCUGACAUGCCUGUUGUGAUCACCGUACUCAACUCUUACUCCGGGUGGGCUCUGUGUGCUGAAGGGUUCAUGCUCAACAACAAUCUAAUGACAAUCGUUGGUGCCCUCAUUGGCUCCUCUGGUGCCAUUCUUUCAUACAUCAUGUGCAAGGCGAUGAAUCGUUCUUUGCCCAGUGUUAUCCUUGGUGGCUACGGAACUUCAUCCACUGGAGGCGGAAAGCCAAUGGAAAUCACCGGCACUCAUACUGAGGUUAAUGUCGACGGUGCUGCUGAGAUGAUUGCUAAUGCCAAGAAUAUCGUUAUUACUCCUGGUUACGGAUUGUGUGUGGCAAAAGCUCAAUAUCCUUUGGCUGAAAUGGUCAAAAUCUUACAAAGUCACGGCAAGAACGUCAAAUUCGCAAUCCACCCAGUUGCUGGCCGUAUGCCAGGUCAACUGAAUGUGCUCUUGGCCGAGGCGGGAGUGCCCUACGAUAUUGUGCAGGAGAUGGAUGAAAUCAACCCUGAAAUUCCAGACCAAGACCUUGUUCUCGUCAUUGGCGCCAACGACACCGUCAACUCUGCAGCAGAGGACGAUCCCAACUCCAUCAUCGCUGGCAUGCCCGUCAUUCGAGUUUGGAAAGCAGAUCAGGUUAUCGUCAUGAAGAGGUCCCUUGGAGUUGGAUAUGCUGCAGUCGAUAAUCCCAUCUUCUACAAGCCUAACACGUCCAUGCUGCUUGGGGACGCAAAGAAAACUUGCGACGGUCUUCUAUCGAAAAUCAAGGAAAUUUAUCCUGACUAAGCGUUUUCCUUUAUUUCUGCCAUUGUACUUUGUGUCUUACUAUUUGAAUUUUUUCCAACUUGAAAUCUAUGUGCCAUUUUGAGUUUCAACUUCUGAACUUCAUUAGACUGCUGCGCAAACUAAAAUUUAAUUUCAAAGUAUUAUGUAGUGCUUGUGCUUCUACGUCUGCGUAACAUAAUCUGGACUGAUUUUAUACAAUGUUUAAAAUGGCAGUUUUAAUCAAAUUAUUAUUCUUUUUCAAGCCAACUUUAUAACCAUAGUGUCAACUCAUGUAACAUUAUCAUUUGUCUAGCUGAAGCAGGUAAAUGAUCUACAAAUUUUAUCAUAUUGGGUGGUCAGAGCCAAUAUUCCAUUUUAAUGGUAGAUUAGAUUUGUAUGCUGGUUGCAGCAAAAAACAAACAAAUAGCCUUUGAUGUAAUCAAUGUGUACUAGAUGAACACGGUACAAAUCGACAAAUCAGGUGCAAUGUGUUGUGCAUUUUGCUUAUGAAUCUACCUAUAACGGAGCCCAUUUGGACCCAUUUCCAAAAUAAAGAAUUAACUGUAAAGUAAAUCUAUUGUGUAAUUUAUUGAACACACUAUCGAGACGUAAAUUAUCUCAAUAAAUGAAU